UUCAGUCAUCCUGAGACCUGACCUGUCGGCUGUCAUAGUAACUAUUCAAGAAUUUGCUUUCGAGUUCCAUUAUUCAUUGGCGUCACUGUAUGGAGAUACAAGAAAAUUAAAAUAAAUUUUCACAAAUAAAAUUAUUUUGGCGCGUUCGGUAUAACAUAAAUAGGUACAUCGUUUUCCUCAAAUAUUGGUAGAAAAUAAUUGCUAAAAAAUGGAGUGGACAAUGCCUGUGAAUGAUAUGUUACAAGAUGAAAUCACGAAAUUAAAUUAUUCGCUUAUUCCACCUGGAUUUAAAGGAGACGUGCGGACAGUCAGGUUAAUGCAAGAAUGUUUGAAGAAGAUCAUCGACAACCUCGGUGAGAGGUCUGCGAAAGCGCAGGGGCUCAGUAAGGUGAUCACCAGCACUGAUAGGCUGAGGAACUCGGACCAUACCCUCUACCUCAUGAAGGAGGCCCGCGCUAAAGGAGGGGACGGCGAAGUGAUUGGCCUGCUGAAGGUCGGCUAUAAACACCUAUACCUCUUCGACGACAACUGCAAGUCAUGGGAGGUGGAGCCGCUCUGCAUCCUGGACUUCUACGUGCUGGAGGAUCGGCAGCGUCACGGGUGCGGCAAGAGGCUGUUCGACCAUAUGCUGAUGGAUCAAGGAAAGCGUCCCGAUGAGUUCGCCAUAGACGGCCCGUCGUCCCGCCUCGAGAGCUUCCUGAAGAAACACUUUGGUACUGAGCGGCUCAUUCGGCAGACCAACAACUUUGCGGUCACCGCCAAGUUCUUUGAGGGCGUUAAGGAGAAUAAGUCUGGCCGUAGUACGCCAAGUGUGGCCGGUUCUCAGAACAUCGGCCGCUAUGCCGCUCCAAAACCUAACUCAGCUAUUGCCUCGGUCAUCCACGGCGGCCAAAAGAUUGGGGAUUCACCUGAAGGCGCUACAUCUGACAAAACGCCGUCCACCGAGCGUGACCACUUCGCUCAGAUACCCGAACCGGUACCAGAACCGGAACCGAUACCGGUACCGGGACCGGCACCGCUACCGAACGACAUCGACGAGAACAACCAUAAGAACCACGAAAGGCCAUCCACUUUGGAAGUGAGGAGGGUCUCCCAAUCUGAAGCUGAUGAAGUAUCUCCAGCUGGUUCUACGGCCUCUAGACGUCUGUCUUCGUUGACGGAUCGCGGCUAUUUCGACGUCAAAUUCUACCAUAAUAAAUUGUGGUAAAUGUAUCAGGCGUGGUAUAUGUACCACGGGUGGUAAAUGUACCAGGUGUGGUAAAUGUACCAGGUAUGGUAAAUGUACCAUCUGCGGUAAAUUGUACCAUAAUUAAUUAUGGUAAAUUUUUUUCACGUGCGGGUGCGGUCAGUGUGCUUGUAUUGUAUUUGUUGUAUUGAAUUUUUACCUUGUGGUAUUUUCUAAUAUGGACGAAUAUUUUUAACUAUAUUACUGAUAAACUGACUGUAAUUUUAAUUUAAAAUUAUUAUAUAUUUUGUGUAAACUGACAUGGUAUGUACAUGCGCACACACUGACCGCACGCGCACACUUUAGGCGUAUUUGUGCUUAAUCUCGUAUUUCAUGCUUUGAAUCUCUUCAUAUUAAACCUGAACGAUAGAUGUAGUCGCUUACCCUAAGGCCCUAACCAAAGCUUUUGUCGUCUUUACUUGUAUUCACGAGGCAGUUCAUAGUUAUUACUUAAAAUUUAGCGGAUGAGAGUGCACAAAGUGUAUUAUUAAAUGUUAUUUAUUUAUGUUAUUUAAUGUGGAAAUUGUUUUAGUGGUUAAUAAUUUAUGACGUUUUUUUUUCACAUUGUAUUUUAGCUUUAAGAAUAAUCGGCGCUAAGUUCACGCAACGAGUGAUCAUGUUUCAAACAUUCCGAUUGAUUGCAUUUUUAAUGUAUUUUGUAUUUGUGAUUGACUUUGUACGUAAAUAUUGACUAGCGCCCACGCGUGGGUUUGCUUCCAAAUCAUGUAGCGUUUGACAUUGUAUCUUCAAUAAUAUUAUUAUGAAUAAGAGUGUUUGUUUUCCGUCUUCCAUACGAAUGAAUGAAUUGUUUUUGGAAUGUAAAUGACAAGUUUUAUUAACAGAAUUGUGAAUGAUAUAACUAAUUUUAAUCCAAUUUUAUCUGAGGAUUAACAAAUAUUGAUCAUUGACAUUUUUGAUAAUGAAAUAAAAAUAAUGAUUCUAUAGAUUAUUUUAAAUUAUUAUUGUAUACGUAACAUUGAAAAAUUAAUAUUUUUGAAUGUACAAUCGGUUGCGACGUUACUUAAAAUUGUUCCACAGUAUUGAAUAAAUGCUAAUUUUUUUAAGUUGGUUAUAAAUAUUAUGAUUGUUUAUUAAAAAGUAAUUUUUGCAUUAAUGUAUUGACUCGAUUUCUUUUCAAUGUAUAAUAAGUUAAGAAAUUUCGCUAUAAUGAUCGCUACAUGGAUUUCACCAAAAAGCCAAUUCUAUAAAAUAUAAUAGAUAUGAAUAAACUCGUAAUUGUAUCGUUGUUUUGUCUAUUUUGUAAUAUUAUGUUAUCGUGUACAAGUGUACAGAUUUAUAUUCUUGGUAUUUUGAAGAUUUUUCUGCAGUGAAAAAAUUAUUAGCAUAACAAUUUUUUUAUUUGCAUAAAAUAAAUAAAAUUCAAUGUAAA